AUGACGUAUGCGGAGCAGCUGGAGGCAAUGCGGCCACCUUGCGGGUUUUGCAUCCUGGCGGACGGGACCAUCCUGCUGUCCAAUCGGCCGGAGACCUACACGGCGGAGAUGGUGGUUGAUGCCUAUGAGGCAUGGCGAAAGAUGAAGGCAAAUGGCUUAGUGCGUGAGACCCGACCUGAAUUCCUUGAAAGUGCUUUGAUGCAGCCUGAUCGCGCGGAGCUGGUGCUGCUUGACAGGCGCCUUGCCUUGAUAUUGCUUGUGGCAAAAAGCAUAAACUCUCUUGCAUGCGCAAGCUGUAUGGCGCUGGCGCUUGGCUCCGAGAUGAUGAAGCCGCUGGCAUUGCUGCUGAUGGGCUGUGUGCCUGCAGAGGCUACAGGGCGUUGGCGACAGAAUCUCUUGAACGUGGUGAGCCCCGCUUCCCUCUACAUUCGAAAUUCCACAUGCUUGUGCACACCUUCCGUAACAUGGAGCUGGAUGCAAAGAAGUUGA